GCGGGCCCCGCCCCCGGCGGCCAUUAGUGCCGCGGCGCCCUGGCUGCGGGGGCGGGCGGUGCUGCGCGCUCCGCUCGGCGCUGCCGCACGGCGGGGCGGGCGCUGCUGCUGCUGCCGCUGCUGCUGCCGGGCCUGCGGCUGCUCAGCUCCGGCGGCACCGGGAGGAGAGCGCCAAGCGAGGGAGGCAGGCGUCGGACCCCGCGGCGGCGCUGCCGCGAUCGCCCCGCUCGGCUCCCCCAUGGCCGCGGGCUGCAGGGACGGCCCGGGGCAGGAGAAGUACCGGCUGGUGGUGGUGGGCGGCGGCGGCGUGGGCAAGUCGGCGCUCACCAUCCAGUUCAUCCAGUCCUACUUCGUUACGGAUUAUGACCCAACCAUUGAGGACUCCUACACCAAGCAAUGUGUGAUAGACGACAGAGCCGCGCGCUUGGACAUUCUGGAUACAGCAGGACAAGAAGAAUUUGGAGCCAUGCGUGAACAGUACAUGAGGACAGGGGAGGGUUUUCUGCUUGUUUUCUCAGUCACAGAUAGAGGAAGCUUUGAAGAAAUCUAUAAAUUUCAGCGACAGAUUCUUAGAGUGAAAGAUCGCGAUGAGUUUCCAAUGAUUCUCGUUGGUAAUAAAGCAGAUCUGGACCACCAAAGACAGGUGACACAAGAGGAAGGCCAGCAGCUGGCACGGCAACUCAAAGUAACCUACAUGGAAGCCUCAGCAAAAAUCAGAUUGAAUGUAGACCAAGCUUUUCAUGAACUUGUCAGAGUUAUAAGGAAAUUUCAGGAACAAGAGUGCCCUCCUUCACCAGAGCCAACACGGAAAGAAAAAGACAAGAAAGGCUGCCAUUGUGUUAUUUUCUGAGAAUCCCAAGAACCAAGCUAUCAACUGCCAGAUCAUUUUUUUUUAUUUCCAUCAUUUUACAUCACUUCUGGUAUUGGUCUAGCCUUAUAUGUGCAUGUCCUAAAAGUGGUCACCAGAAUAGCCUUAGUCCAAGAAGCUGGCAGAAUAGUUCUUGAAGAAGACUCGGUCAUCCUGGGGCAGACUUCAAACCAAAACACUAAGGCUGCUUCUCUAAUACCACAGUUCCUUCCUUCUCUCCCUUCAGAGCUUGCACCUUGUGGAGUUUUAUUCGCAAAGGAGAUGAAACAAAACCGUGUAGGACGAGGUGUUGAAGUCAUGCAUAAGUUGUCUCUUGUGAAUUAAUUUAUUUUUACUUCUGACAUUUCAUUAGCUAUUACAGAGACCUAUAUUGGAGUAUAGAGAAUACUUUUUAAAAAAGGGGUGGAUUGGCUUUUUAUUUUGUUUCUGCCAUCAGUUAAAUUAGACUUGAGUAUUCAGCUAGCCUUAAGAAACCUACACUGAAUUUCAUUGUCAGCAAAAAUGUUCAUCUCUCAUUUAUGCUGCAGUUUUAGUUCGGUGGCCAAAACAUUCUACUGUAUUUAUUUUUUGAAUCCAGAACAGCUACAGGAUGAUUACUACUAUUAGGAUAUGGCCAAAUACCUGAGCUCCUUCUGGAUUGAGGCAUUUCAGCUCAUUAAGAAAUUUCACAUUAUGUUUCAAAACAAAUUGUGUCUUCCUUUGUAUUUCUGGGUAAGGGAUUAAGGAAAACUAAAAUUGUAGCUGUUUUUGUUUCAUGUGAUAUAAAAACGAAUUUGAUCUUUCCAUUGUCAGAGAUGAUUAAAUGUUUUUGCUAUAUACUUUUAUACAUUAUUUUCUUAUCAAACUAGUUAACAAGUAUUUUUAUAUGUUUGUAAGCAAAUAUGCUUUCACAGCAUAACUUGUGUAUAUGUAAAGAUGAGUAUUUAAUUCUCACAGUUCACUUUUAACUGACAAAAUGUGGGAUUUGCCAAACUGUGGUAAAUUUCUCCUUACUCUCCCGGUUAUACCCAAGAAUGGCCAAUUAUGUGCCUGCCCAGCACACCUAUAGAGUAAAAUCUAGUGUUGUGUUUUAAUGAAUUUCAAUAUCCCUUACUAAAGACUGACCAUUAUGUGAAUUAUUAAACUGUAAGACUUUUAACUGAUUGUUUAGUUAAACUGUGGAUGGUUGUUUAAUUUUGAGUUCUGUGGAUUGUGUUUAAACAAUUCAAGAGUAUGGUCCCUGAUAUCGAAAUACUGAGUGGUAUUGCACAGUUGUCACCUUAACUGAAUGUGUCCAACAGUUCUUUGAAACUUGAUUAUUAAGCAAACCCUUGUAUAACUUCAGGUGCUAGAAUUAAAGAUGAUCUAACCAUU